AUGGCGCCAUUUUCUGUUGUUAGGAAAGAUUUUGAGCUUGUUAAGCCCUCAAAACCUACUCCUUCAGAGGUUCUCUCUUUCUCCACCAUUGACAACGAUGUUAACAUGGAAACCAUCUCCCCAACCAUCUUCGUCUGCCAAUCAACUAGCGAUUCAUCCAAUAAGACCGACCCAGCUAACAUGAUCAAACAAACUCUCUCCGAGACUUUGGUGCAUUACUACCCUCUAGCUGGGAGGCUCAAACGACACAGCCACGACGGACGUCUUAGGCUCACAUGCAACACAAACGGCGUGCCGUUUUUGGAGGCCACGGCCGACUGUACUCUCUCUUCUCUCAGUUACUUGGACGACCUCAACUUCGACAUAGCCAAAGAGUUCGUCUCUACUUCAUCGCCAUUCGUCGACGAAGAGACCGGUUACGCCCCUCUUAUUAUGCAAGUGACUAAGUUCUCCUGUGGGGGUUUCACAAUUGGAUUUGGACUCUCUCACUCGGUCAGUGACGGGUUCGGUGCUGCUCAGUUUUUCCAAACCAUAGCUGAGCUUUCUAAAGGCAAAGAACUUUCAGUGAAGCCGGUUUGGGAACGAGAAAGACUUGUGGGGUCACCUAUCAAGGAGCCUAUAAAGCUUGAGAAUGGCUCUCCUGCUAAGUCACCUUAUUUGCCAUUUUCAGACGUUGUAGAUGAGUGUUUUUACGUGAAGAGUGAAAGCAUAAAAAGACUGAAAGAAAGUUUAGCUAAGGAGAAGAAGAGUGCUAGUAGUUUAACUACUUUCGAAGUACUUGCUGCCUAUGUUUGGAGAGCAAGGUUGAGAGCUUUGAAACUCAACCAUGAUGGAAUAACGACUCUCUUUUUCGCCACGGGGCUAAGAAGGGUGAUUAACCCUCCUUUGCCAGAAGGGUAUUAUGGGAAUGCUUUUCUGACAUCGGCGGUUGAGAUAACUGGGAAAGAACUUGAUGAGAAACCGCUCUCUGAGAUAGCGAGUUUGAUUAAGGAGAAGAAGAAAGAUGUCUAUGACAACAACUACAUUAGAAAAUCUAUUGACCUGUUGGAGACAGAGUUGGUGACUAGGCAGAAUGAGAAGAUUAAGGCCACGGGUGCACUUAUGGCAGUGACUGAUUGGAGGAAUUUGGGUUUGGUUGUUGAAGAAAUUGGGUUUGAAUGGAAAGUGGUCAACGUCACAACGUUACAAUGGGAGUGUUUUGGGUCAGUGGAUUUGUGCACCUUCUUGCCUCCUCCAAAAUCAGACCCUUCAAUGAAAGAUGCCGUUGGGAUUUUGGUUUCUCUCCCUAGACCAGCCAUGGUCAAGUUCAAGGAAGAGAUGAACACUCUUAUGAUUAAUUAA